AUGGCUCCAUAUACUUCCUUGCAUCCCCUGCCUUCAGUCUCCUUUGAAGAAAAAAUCCAAUUCUCUGCAAGCCAGCGUCUCUCUUUGGCAAGAAGCAAAUGGUUCACACUCCCCGUGACGGACAGCCGAAGUGACGCGUGGAGCGUCAAGCCGCCAGAUUUCUCUCUGAAACUGUACAAAUCUCUGUCAGUUCCUCAAAAGAAAGCGAGAAAGACACAUCCAGAUCCAGCCGUGGCUCAACCCGGUGACUUAAAGAGGAGAGCUGGAAUAUUUCUACCAAAGGUUUUACACGAGAGUUACCUAAGAGAAGACCCUCCGCAGUUCAUCACGUCAUACAGGCCUCCUGAUGCUCUGGGAUCUGAGCUGAUGUUUGUCAAGACAGGGAAGUACCCUUCUGGGCCUUAUAGGAACCCCAAACCACAUGACUUCAGACCGCUUGAUGAAGACCUUCCAGACAUAGUUACUACAUACGAGAGAGAUCCUGGCAACCUGAAUUUAAAAUUAAAGCACAUGGACGUUAUUCGGACCACUAAAUCUGAGUCGGACUUUAGUUCAAGGGACACGAACACAAGAGUGGACACCCAUAAACCUGCAGAGCCCCGAUGGGAUGCGAGGCUCUUACUUCCUCAGCCGCCAUGGCCUCCGAAAUCUGCCUCAUAUACCAGACACCGACGAAGAAGAGGAGCGUACAGCGCCUUCUUGGAACGAGUGGAGGAGAAACUCUCGAGAUCGUGGAAAAAUAGAUCCUGACUUUCUCCUUUUUUAAAAUUCAUUUUUUCUCUUAUUAUGUGCUUGUUUUGCUUUCUUUAAAGAGUUAAAUGUGCACAAAUUUAAUCUAACAAACUAUACUAACAGACGUAAAACAAAAUAACCUUGACGAGAUAAUCAAAACGGCAGAUUAUCCAACCGAUUAUUCAGUCUAUCUAUAGCGAUGAUGCAUGUUUUAGUCUAUUUACUGUAAUUCAGAUCUACUUAACAUUAAAGCAUAUGACUUAGAGCCAUUUUCCAAAGAAUAUUAUGUAUUAUUUAUAAAUAUUAAUGUGGUUUUACUAUCUUCCAGAUGGUUACAGGGUUUGUUUUAGUCUCAAUAAAGUUUGAAUGAAGCACACAUGAA